AUGCUGGACCCUUCAUCCAGCGAAGAGGAAUCGGACGAGGUCUUGGAGGAGGAGAGCGGCAAGGAUGUGCUCGGCUCGGCCGCGUCCGGCGCGCGCCUGUCUCCCAGCCGCACCAGCGAAGGCUCGGGCGGCGGCGCCGGGCUGGGGGGCGGCGGCGGGGCCGGGGCGGGCGGCGGCGGCGGCGGGGGCAGCGGCGCGAGCAGCGGCGGCGGGGCCGGGGGGCUGCAGCCCAGCAGCCGCGCCGCUGGCGGCCGGCCCUCCAGCCCCAGCCCGUCGGUCGCGAGCGAGAAGGAGGAGUUGGAACGGCUGCAGAAGGAGGAGGAGGAGAGGAAGAAGAGGCUGCAGCUCUACGUGUUCGUGAUGCGCUGCGUCGCCUACCCCUUCAACGCCAAGCAGCCCACCGACAUGGCUCGCCGGCAGCAGAAGAUCAGCAAACAGCAGCUGCAGACAGUCAAGGACCGGUUUCAGGCUUUUCUCAAUGGGGAAACCCAAAUCGUGGCUGAUGAAGCCUUUAUGAAUGCUGUCCAGAGUUACUACGAGGUGUUCCUGAAGAGCGACCGCGUGGCCCGCAUGGUGCAGAGUGGAGGCUGCUCCGCCAACGACUCGCGGGAGGUCUUCAAGAAGCACAUCGAGAAGAGGGUGCGCAGCCUGCCCGAGAUCGACGGCCUCAGCAAGGAGACCGUGCUGAGCUCCUGGAUGGCCAAGUUUGAUGCCAUUUACCGCGGGGAAGAGGACCCCAGGAAGCAGCAGGCCCGGAUGACAGCCAGCGCAGCUUCCGAGCUCAUUCUGAGCAAAGAGCAACUCUACGAGAUGUUCCAGAACAUUCUUGGGAUCAAGAAGUUCGAACAUCAGCUCUUGUACAAUGCCUGCCAGCUGGACAAUCCAGAUGAGCAAGCAGCCCAGAUCAGACGAGAGCUGGAUGGACGUCUCCAAAUGGCAGACCAAAUAGCCAGGGAGCGCAAAUUUCCCAAGUUUGUAUCCAAAGAAAUGGAAAACAUGUACAUCGAAGAGCUGAAGUCAUCCGUCAACCUGCUCAUGGCUAAUUUGGAGAGCAUGCCAGUUUCCAAAGGCGGCGAGUUCAAGCUUCAGAAACUCAAACGCAGCCACAACGCUUCCAUCAUCGACAUGGGUGAGGAGAGUGAAAACCAGCUCUCCAAGUCAGACGUCGUGUUAUCUUUCUCCCUGGAGGUGGUGAUCAUGGAAGUCCAAGGCCUCAAAUCCUUAGCUCCAAAUCGCAUUGUAUAUUGCACGAUGGAGGUGGAAGGAGGAGAGAAACUGCAGACCGACCAGGCCGAGGCUUCAAAACCAACCUGGGGCACCCAGGGUGACUUCUCUACGACCCACGCACUGCCCGCUGUGAAGGUGAAGCUGUUCACAGAGAGCACAGGAGUCCUGGCCUUGGAGGACAAGGAACUGGGCCGGGUUAUUCUCCAUCCCACCCCCAACAGCCCCAAACAGUCAGAGUGGCACAAAAUGACAGUCUCCAAAAACUGCCCCGAUCAAGACCUCAAAAUCAAACUUGCCGUCCGAAUGGAUAAGCCUCAAAACAUGAAGCAUUCUGGGUACUUAUGGGCCAUCGGUAAGAAUGUCUGGAAGAGAUGGAAGAAAAGAUUUUUUGUCUUAGUGCAGGUGAGUCAGUACACGUUUGCCAUGUGCAGUUACCGGGAGAAAAAAGCAGAGCCUCAGGAACUUCUCCAACUGGAUGGCUACACUGUGGAUUACACGGACCCCCAGCCAGGUUUGGAGGGUGGCCGAGCCUUCUUCAAUGCAGUCAAAGAAGGAGACACCGUGAUAUUUGCAAGUGAUGAUGAGCAAGAUCGCAUUCUCUGGGUCCAAGCCAUGUACCGGGCUACCGGUCAGUCACACAAGCCUGUGCCCCCAACCCAAGUCCAGAAACUCAACGCCAAGGGAGGGAACGUGCCUCAGCUGGACGCCCCCAUCUCCCAAUUUUACGCAGAUAGAGCCCAAAAACAUGGCAUGGAUGAAUUUAUCUCUUCCAACCCCUGUAACUUUGACCACGCUUCCCUCUUUGAGAUGGUGCAACGUCUUACUUUGGAUCACAGACUUAAUGAUUCCUAUUCUUGCCUGGGCUGGUUCAGUCCUGGCCAGGUGUUUGUACUAGACGAGUAUUGCGCCCGAAAUGGAGUCCGAGGGUGUCACCGACAUCUCUGUUACCUCAGAGAUUUGCUUGAACGGGCAGAAAAUGGCGCCAUGAUUGACCCCACCCUCCUUCACUAUAGCUUUGCCUUCUGUGCAUCCCACGUCCAUGGGAACAGGCCUGAUGGAAUUGGAACUGUGACUGUUGAAGAAAAGGAACGUUUUGAAGAAAUCAAAGAGAGACUCCGAGUUCUGUUGGAAAAUCAGAUUACACAUUUUAGGUAUUGCUUUCCAUUUGGUCGACCUGAAGGUGCUUUGAAAGCUACCCUCUCACUCUUGGAAAGGGUCUUGAUGAAAGAUAUUGUUACCCCAGUACCACAAGAGGAGGUAAAAACAGUCAUCCGUAAAUGUCUAGAGCAGGCUGCUUUAGUCAACUAUUCUCGGCUGUCAGAGUAUGCCAAAAUCGAAGGGAAAAAGAGAGAAAUGUAUGAGCAUCCUGUCUUCUGCUUGGCCUCCCAAGUGAUGGAUUUAACCAUUCAAAAUGUAGGCCGGUUAAUCACUCCUGCCAAAAAGCUGGAAGACACAAUACGUCUUGCUGAACUAGUCAUUGAAGUUCUUCAGCAGAACGAGGAACACCAUGCAGAGGCCUUUGCGUGGUGGUCAGACUUGAUGGUGGAACAUGCCGAGACGUUCCUGUCACUCUUUGCAGUGGACAUGGAUGCAGCGCUAGAGGUGCAGCCCCCAGACACAUGGGACAGUUUCCCACUGUUUCAGCUGCUGAAUGAUUUUCUCCGGACCGAUUAUAAUUUGUGCAAUGGAAAAUUUCACAAACACCUGCAAGACCUGUUUGCCCCACUUGUGGUUAGAUAUGUGGAUUUGAUGGAGUCCUCAAUUGCACAAUCCAUUCACAGGGGCUUUGAGCGGGAGUCAUGGGAACCAGUCAAUAACGGAUCAGGCACUUCCGAAGAUCUGUUCUGGAAACUUGACGCCCUUCAGACCUUCAUUCGGGACUUGCACUGGCCUGAGGAAGAGUUUGGAAAGCACCUGGAACAACGGCUAAAGCUGAUGGCAAGUGACAUGAUUGAGUCUUGUGUCAAAAGAACCAGGAUUGCAUUUGAAGUUAAACUGCAAAAAACCAGUCGAUCAACAGAUUUUCGAGUCCCACAGUCAAUAUGCACCAUGUUUAAUGUUAUGGUUGAUGCCAAAGCUCAAUCAACAAAACUUUGCAGCAUGGAAAUGGGCCAAGAGCAUCAAUACCAUUCAAAAAUAGAUGAACUAAUUGAAGAAACUGUUAAAGAAAUGAUAACACUCUUGGUUGCAAAGUUUGUUACAAUCCUGGAAGGAGUGCUGGCGAAAUUAUCCAGAUAUGACGAGGGGACUUUGUUUUCUUCUUUUUUGUCAUUUACCGUGAAGGCAGCUUCCAAAUAUGUGGAUGUACCUAAACCCGGGAUGGACGUGGCCGAUGCCUACGUGACUUUCGUCCGUCACUCUCAGGAUGCCCUUCGUGAUAAGGUCAAUGAGGAGAUGUAUAUAGAAAGGUUAUUUGAUCAAUGGUACAGCAGCUCCAUGAACGUGAUCUGUACCUGGCUGACGGACCGGAUGGACUUACAGCUUCACAUUUAUCAGUUGAAAACACUAAUUAGGAUGGUAAAGAAAACCUAUAGAGAUUUCCGACUGCAAGGAGUCCUGGACUCAACGUUAAACAGCAAGACCUACGAAACCAUCCGGAACCGUCUCACUGUGGAGGAGGCCACAGCGUCCGUGAGCGAGGGCGGGGGUCUGCAGGGGAUCAGCAUGAAGGACAGCGAUGAGGAAGACGAAGAGGACGAUUAGAACGCUUGGGCCUCGAGUCCACUAGGCCAGAGUCUUGUAAUCAAUGCAUGUCCUUAGUCUGUUAGUUAACCCCGUUAUGGAAUUUUCUGUCAACUACCAUGCCAUGAGAUGUGUACUGAUGAUACAACUGCCAUUUUAGCUACGUGGUACCAAGAUUAGCAAACGACCUUCGACUCUACGAUUUCCUGAAUCCAUGUCUAUCUGUUUACAAGCAAUAUGGAGCACCAUUCUUUAAAUACCAUUUUUGGAGAAUACAUAGCUCAGUUGCUAGGUGUACCCCUGUUAUCAGCAGAGUUCAGUGAUGCUUCAUCAGUGUGCUGUGUGCGCGUCGAUGGUAAAUGGAUGUGAGGGCGAGUACGCCAGGUACUUUCUUUGUUUCCCAUAUGUGGAUGCCAGUUACUUAAAGGAGUACAAUAAAUGAAUUUAA